AGAGAGCACUUUACUUUGUUUGUGGUGCUUAGCCCUAUCCUUUGCGCCUGAGGACGCCCCUUGCCACUAUUCAGGAAGAAUCAGUGCGACCGUCGGAACAACGAUGUUGAUGUUCCUACGCGUGUUUGCUUCUCUCCUUUUUCUGCGCAGCCUGCCGGCCGUGGCAAGUCCCAUGCCCGCUACAGACACGGUUCCGGUUCCGGACCUGCAGGGGGAGACGAAGAAAUCACUUGCUAGCCAGCACAAUCCGAACGCGCUUAUGGACGAAGUGGACCUGGAAGUCAAGGGCGCAUUGGAGAAAAGUGCAGUCGCGGUCGCGGAAGAAACCGACCAGCUGCCGCGUGAACUGCGCUGCGAGGGCCCCAUGCAGGAUUAUUGGCAGUACGUGAAGAAAAUCAGCAACGUGUAUCAAGUCGCACAUAUUCCGGCCGAGGCACGCGACGCGGUGACGAAUGAAUUCCUCAGAUUUGGCUUUUCCGACGAAUGGCUUGCGGGCGCACGUGGCGAUUGCGUGUACGGCCUGGCGUUUUUGAUUUUGCUCUCCCUCCCCAAAAUGGAGCAGGAGAUGGGUCACGACCCCGCUGUUCUGAGGAAGUACUACAGGCUGUUUGAGGAACUCGCCCGGUCCGAGGAGGCAACGCACGGCCCCGCCGCAAGCGAGCGCUUGGGAUGGUACAUGCGCACGCACCAGAGUGAGUCCUACCCCAUGCUGUUGGGCUUGUUACCAAGCCAGACGGAACGGGGGGAGGAGGAAACAAUACAACAGGCACUCACGGACUCGAGCGACUUCGAACUCCCCCUUUCUGCUGAAGAAGCGGAGAUGUUGGCAUUUCACGAGGACGAUUCCAGCACAAUACCCGAAGAUCAAGAACAUGGUCGUGCAAGCACUGCUAGCUUUGCUGCAAGAGAUGCUGCAGAAGCGCGAUCCAGUCGGUCGAUAACAGACGCAGAAGUUGCGCGAUUUCUCCAAACGAACGCAUCUUUGGCUGAAGACGCAGCCUCAAAUUCUCUCGUUCUCUCCACGACGGGCCAGGGGUUCCGGCAGCUGUCCUCGAAAAUGAUAAACGACCUGCGACACCCGCCACGGUUUCAGCAGCCCAUCCCGAGACUCUUCGACGUCCGAGUGUUCGUGCUGGACUUUGGAAAGUUCAACGAGUGGACGAGUCGCUCGCUCCUGUGCAGUCAGGGCAUGUUCGCGACCGAAGUGUUUGUGCACCGCUGGUUGCUGCACUCCCCCUACCGCACACUCGAUCCGGACGCCGCGGACUUUUUCUUCGUGCCCAUCUACCCGAGCUGUAUCCAGACGAAGUUCGACAAGAACAUCGACGACCUCAACGAGUUCUACAUCUCCGCGUUGACGCAAGAGCACCGGCCUGACGAAAACCUGCCGCACCCAACCGGGAUUGACGUGAAGUAUUACUUCGAGCGGAACGACGGCCGCGACUUCGUGUUUCAGUUCAGCAGCGAGUGCCUGGACUUCCCAAAGUGGAAAAAGUAUCUGCUGCGUUCGCCUUUCAUCAGCGUGGAAAAGACGCCGAUUGAGUGCACCAAGGACUUCGGCUACGUGAAUGAGCAGAACGCCGAGGAGUACGGAAAAUCCUGCUACCACUGCAACCACUGCUUUUCCCCGUGGAAGGACAUCUUGAUUCCCGGGUUCGUGGAGAAGUGGAGCAUUGAUCGCAUGAUGUCCAAGGCCCAGCCCUACAGCGCGCGCGACAACCUGCUCUGCUACCACGGGGCGGACAGCGACGAAAUCUCGCUGUACAAGUACGCCAACGCCACCGCGCGCAACGACAUCCAGGACCACCUCGCCGGCACGCCGGGCACCAGCAUUGGACGGCGGAUUCCUAUCAUCAUGGACUAUUUCGAACGCAUGGGCAGUUGCGUGUUCUGCCUGGUGCCUAAAGGGCUGGGCUACUGGAGCAACCGCUUCUUCGAAAUCCUCUUUAUCGGCUGCAUUCCCGUAAUUCUGUCGGACGAGAUGGGCUUGCCGUUUUCGGACAAAAUCCCGUGGCAGGAGUUCACGAUCAAAUGGCCCAUGAAAAUCGUGGACAAGCGGCUGUUGCGGUACCUGGACGAUUUGAUUCUGUACCACCCAGCUUUGGUGGAGAAAAUGCACAACACCCUGCUGCAGUACCUCUGCUGGCUCUCCUGGCACUCGCAGGACUACGACUGCUCCCCCUACCGGGCGAUUGUCGAGCAACUCGCUGCGAAAAAGAAGGGGUUCCCCUACUACACCGGCCGCUUUUGGAACACGGAACUGGAUUCGCGAGAAUACAGCGACCAAAUGCCCUACCCCUACUACCGCGAUCAAAUGGAGGGUGGGCUCCCGGAACCGUCAUGACGAGACACUUCGCGAGCCGGCGAAAUUCCUACUGCGCCAGCGGUAAGGCAGAACGUGGGAGAAUUCGUUGGUUGCGGCCACACGACUGCUAGUGCCCGAGCAACGCGUUCGGAAGUGAACGAUAACCGAUUCGCGGAGUGGAUUUACGUUUAUGGUAAAGGAGUGCCAGCAUCAGUAAGUCGUAUGCGCAUUGAGCACGCGUGGAGUGCUCGGCGAGGGAGGACGCGGCGGGCGGCAGUACCAUGAGAAGGCGGGUAGAUUGAUUCGGAACCCUGCGGGAGUGGCAAAAAUUGCGAGCCUUCUUAAGAAUACUAUAACGUUUUCUUGUUGGUGGAUGGUGAUGGCAGGGUCCUAUCUAGUCAAGAAGCGGAGCACCGCGGAGGCAACUACGCUGGUGCUAUGCGGUAACGAUCCGGUAAAGACGGCGCCACGUUCAGAUGGUAUUGUUGCUGUCUGAACGUGUACACGAAAAAAAAAAGAAUCCACGCCAGACUGACAAGAGAAAUGCACUUCGACGGUUCUGGAAGCACUGGACGAAGAAACAUCUCGGAAGCAGUUGUAAAAAAAGUGCACAGAAGAGGAGAAGUGAUUUCGAUCAAAUGCACGAGUCACGUAGACGGCAUAAUUUUCUGUAUUGUAUUCAACUG